CAUGUGCCCGUUGUUCACAGACGAGAAAAGGAGAGACACAAGAUACAGCUUUCUGCUCUCGCUUCAAAAUGUCGGUCACUAUGUAAAGUGUCUCCUGGACUGUAGUCCUAGAGGGAACUAAAAGAAUAUUGUUUGAUGUGAUAAGAAAGUGUUUGACAUAACACUGAAGUAGGUGAUAAAGAGAGAUUGUGCUGCAAAGCUAAUGUAAUAUUUCACACUUUUACAGUAAGCCUAUACAGCUGGACCAGGUUGUAAGGAAACAGCGACUGGCAAGAUGAAUUAUCUUCACUGGUUUGACUACGUCGUCAUGGCUGCACUGAUGGUGGUCUCACUUGGCAUCGGAAUCUUUUUUGCGGUGUACAAGGGCGGCCAGAGAACGAAGGUGGAGUAUCUCCUAGGCAACCGGCAGAUGUCAAUGAUUCCAGUCUGCCUGUCAAUUUUUGUCACCUUCCAGUCAGCCAUCACUCUGAUUGGUGGACCUGCCGAUAUGUUCAACACUGGGACGAUGUACAUGUUUAUAGGUUACGGUAUAGCUUUAUCUUACAUUGUGGGUUGUUUACCUGUGGUGCCACUCAUCUACCCACUGCGCAUCACCAGCGUUUACGAGUACCUGGAGAUGAGGUUCGAUUCCAAGUGUGUCCGACUGUUUGUCACCAGCAUCGGCAUGCUGCAGACGGUUCUCUACAUGGCGGUGGCUCUUUACUCGCCAGCCUUAGCUCUACAGACAGCUGCUGGUUUACCUCUGUGGGUGUCGAUUGCUAUUGUGGGUGGUCUCUGCACUGUAUAUACAGCACUGGGGGGCAUUAAGAGUGUGAUCUGGACAGAUGUCUUCCAAACGGUGAUUCUCUUCAUCGGCAUCGGCGCUGUUAUCGUGAUGGGUACACUCCAUGUUUGGCUUGUCGCAAGCCUUCCACCUUGCAUGGGAAGGAGGCAGAAUACAGUUCGAUGACGCCUUUCUUCUGAACGCAUCCUUCCACAUAAUCUAUGCGUCGAUUGUGAUGGUCACGGGGUCCUGCUCUACGCCUAUGUCGUCACAAUCGGGUGUGAUCCCUAUCAAGCGGGUAUCAUCGAUAGCAGAAACCAGAUGAUGCCAUACUUCGUCCCCAGUCUGCUGGGUAGUCUGCCGGGUAUGCCUGGUCUAUAUAUGUCUAUGCUGUUCAGUGGAACACUCAGCACUCUGUCUUCCGGUGUCAACGCCUUGGGUGCAAAUACUGUGGAGGACCUCCUGGCACGACCCCUGAGAGGUUACAAGGAUGUCACUGUCACUGUCAUUGCUAAGAUAACUGUGCUGCUGUAUGGAGGUCUCACUAUUGGUCUCGCAUACCUCGCUCGCUCCCUACGUGGUCCAGUCACACAGAUGUCAUCUACGGCUAUAGGAGCGUGCGGUGGUCCAAUCAGCGGCAUCUUCUAUCUGGCAGGAAUGGUUCCCUGGGCAAAUAAAUAUGGCGCCAUUGCCGGUGGAGUCAUCGGCAUCGUCAUCAACAUUUGGAUCGCUGUUGGUGCCCAGCUGUACGGCGCCCCUACACGUGGCUUACCCCCAGGGCCGACACACAACUGUUCAGGGAAUAACAGUUACUCCCUUUCCUUUUAUAACCUAACAACUGUAGAGCUCCCACGACCACGCGGUGUUAUCCACUGUCAUAAAUCCUAAUAGUAAUAUCACGACUCUAUCCAAAUCACACCUUGGUGACGCUUUCUCUAUUUAUGACAUUUCUUACCGGUGGUUUGGUGUCAUCGGCUUCUUUGUAACAUUUUUCUCUGGAAUCAUCAUCAGCUUCAUCACAGGCCCCACAAACAAGGCUACUCUCGAUCCUAAACUCGUAUUCCCCUUCACACGAAAGCUGUUCCGCAUAAAGGAAUCUUUACCGGAACCAGAAGAUUCUUCUAAUGUCAUAGCCAUGAAGACCUACCAAGCAUCGGUUGAAAGAUUUAUAAGGGAGACUGACACUAUGGCCGUAGAAGUGGUAUUCGACAAGACAAAGACAAAAUAAUUAUCAGCCCCAGGAUAUCUAGCUACUGUUGUUUCUCUUCUUUAUACCGAGUUAACACGAGAGACUUUAAUUUAAACAUUGCUUUCCCUUUUUUAAUUUCUAUUUUUAAUUUUAUCUUUUCAACUAUUCCUAUUUCUCUUUUCAUUGUCAUUCUGAAAAACAAUUAAAAAAACAACAAAACCGGAA